UCUGUUUUUUUUUUUUUUUUUAAUCUGACAACUUCGGGAGUGAGAGCACAGUGACAGAAACCCUCAGUGAUUACAACCGGUGUAACUUUCUCACAGCUGUUUGUCCAGAGAGAUUCGAGGACCAGUGAGGAAGAUGUUGAGGCGAAGGCCUUCAAAUGCCUCAGAGAAGGAGCAGGUGCAGAAAAAGAAGCUCACCCUGCAGAGGUCCAGCAGCUUCAAGGACUUUAUGAAGCACAAGCCCACCUCUCCCGUUGUUUCAGAAAAGGAGUUUGCACUGGAGGAGAGUGUGCCAGAGACAGAAGAAUCAGUGAAAAGUGGCAGCAAACUGGGAAAGAAAUGGCGCAAUGUGAUCUCACGUACCAUGACCCGCAAAACAUCCAAGAUGGUGCAGAAGGCUCUGGCUGAGGAGGGGGGAGAGAGUGGUGAGGAUCUGUCUCCUGUCUCUGCUGAUUGGCUUCCAGAUCUGACCGCAGGUCAGAGGACGUCCGUGUGCUCCACAGGGUCAGAGGACACCACGCCCAGCCUCAUCACCCGCCAGCUCUCAGGCAGCAGCGACAGACAGAGCCUGGACAGUGGAUACUGUCAGAGGGACAGCAUGAGACUGGAGGAGAAUGGCGUCAAUUAUAAUGGACCGUUCUGUGGUCGCGCUCUGGUCCACACUGACUUCACUCCCAGUCCCUACGAUGUGGAGUCACUGAAACUGCAGAAAGGAGACAUCAUCCACAUCAUUGAGAAGCCCCCUGUGGGCACCUGGACGGGGAAACUCAACAAUAGAGUGGGUUCCUUUAAGUUCAUCUAUGUCAACCUCCUGCCUGAUGAGAGCCCCCCGGCCAGGAGGAGGCACUGCAACAGCAAGACCCACCGAAACCAAACCAAACCCAAAACCCUGGAGGAAGUGUUGGACAGCAUCGGUCUGACAGAGCUGAGUUCUUUGCUGUCCAUGCAUGGUUUCCAGAGCCUGGAGGACUUUGCUGGGCUUAAGGAGUCUCACCUCAACGAACUGAACAUCACUGAUCCAGAGCAGCGCUCCAAGAUCCUGAACACCACUGAACUGCUCAGAGACUCUGAAGACGAGUCAGAGCCAGAAGAGGAGGAGGAGGACAGAUCUGGGGAGGACGCCAAGGAGCCAAGGGAUUCAGGCUGUUUCGAGAGCUCGGAGAACCUGGAGAACGGACGUGAAGAGCCAAAGACGGAGGAGGAGCUCCAAGACGAAGCUUCAGCGGAGCAGACAGACAAAGAAGCAGAGAAACAGGAGCAGGAGUCAGAAGACGGGGAGAACCAAACAGAGCAGCUGGAGGCCAUUCAGGAGCAGCUGCAGGAGCUGACGGUAGAGGAGUGUUGAGAAGUGAUGGAUAAAUACUCAAACUUCUUUUAUUCCUGGUUCUCAAGGACUCUGUGGAUGCCAAUUAAAUUAAUUAACAAACAGCUCUUCAUUGCAAGAGAAUGGACCGAUGAUAGGUACACAGUGCAAAUACUGUAUGAACAUGAUAGUCUCAAGUUUGAACAAACAGCACAAUUUCUCUUAACUGUCCCACCUGUGUACUCUGUAAGAACAAACAUGUUGAUAUAUUUUACUGAUUCUAUUGAAUUCUCAUGUUGUUUGUUGAUGUUUCCUCAUAUAAUGUGUCUGUUUAUAAGGGUACAAAUGAAGUUUCCCUUCAUUAUGUCCAUGUCUCUGAUGUUUUCAUACCAUGUGGCCAAAUAUGAAUGUAAAAUAUUUCCUGAUAUAUUUCAUGUAACUUGAAAGUUGUUCCUUUUAUUAGUUUGUGUUCUUCCUGUGUUGUGUGGUACUGAUUUGUAUGACGUUAUCAUGAGGAUGUUGUUAAGAUACUGUAAAUAGAGUUUAAAUAAAACAUAAUUCACUGAUAA